GCAAUGGCAUCAAGAAAAAGAUCUGGAUCGGGCACGAAGCGUCCAAAGGAAAAGGUGGUGCACAUCUACGAACUGUUGUGCCGCGGGGAAGAUCCGAGAAAGCAGAAUGCACAGUUUUGGGAGGAGUUCUUUUUACUGCAACCCAACAUGGAAACGUUGGAAAACGAGUUGCUAAAGCUCACUCCUGAACAGUACAGUAACGCGAAACGAAACAUACAACAGUUUUUCACCGAGUGCAUUAAAAUUUUUUCGACCGGAAGUCCAAAACGGAUACACAACGCAUUGCAAACGAUCGGUGUGUUUAUUCAUGUACUUUUCCGCAAACUUGUAAUACCUGGAACGUGUGGCAGCGUUAGCGAUUCCAACAACUGUGGAGGGCUCGGUGGCAUGCCCGCAUCAUUUAUUACCAUAAGCGACAUUGAGGAUGAUAUGCGCGAAUUGAUGAAGCAGCUUUACGAGAUAUUGGCCAGUAAUAUUCCGUCUGAUCGUCCAAAAGAUCUCUGUUUGAAAACGUUACUUAUCAUUGCUACCGGUAUGGACAAUGUUAACGAAAACUGUCUUAUAGAGUUUAUCAUCGGACAAAAUAUGUUUGAGGUAUUUAAAAACAUGCUAAGCGACUCCAGUCUGCGAAAUCUGCACGGGCACGACGUGGUUACGCUAUUAACUAUACUUGUUAACUACCGAAAACACGAAGGAAGUAAUCCGUACGUGGUAGAACUGUCGCUCCUAGCGGACGAGUUUGCGUUGAAUGGCUAUGGACAAGUGAUAUCCUGCGUAUUGACCAUGUUUUGCAAGCAACAUCUUUUGAGCCUUACCGAACUUCCAACAUCAUCCUCGUGGUUCUCAUCAUUAUCGAGUAUUGUAGGAAACAUGUUCAUUUCCGAUGAUUUGUGCUAUAGAAGCCAACAGAUUAGGGCAAACAAUGCACUUCUUCUGGCACUUUAUGAAGCGAUACAUCUAAACAGAAACUUCAUAACAACUCUAGCACACACGCAGGCUGAUUCUACGCCACCUUCACCGUGCAAUACAUUGAAUGUGAAUGAUGGGACUCCCGAUCUGUCCGCGGCUGCCAUCCUAGAUGCUUCACAAUACUCAACCAAUUUGUUUGUCGCUUUGUUUCAAUACUGCUCGAUCGUGAUGCAGGAUCAUAAAAACGAUUUGAGUGCAAUUAAUUUGAAACUUUGUUUGCUAAUUUUGACAUGCAUAGCUGAGGAUCAGUAUGCGAAUUCUAUGAUGCAUGACAAUAAUCUUACUUUUAAAGUUUUAUUGCACCGAGCACAUAUGAGGCACAGAAAGUUAACGUCGGAAAAAGUGACCAAACCCCAACCUUUGGCCACUACAUUGCUUGACCUUCUGGUGGAGUUCAUCGUAUCACAUUUGCUGAAAAAGUUCCCGAUAGAACUGUAUCUGCUAUGCAUUGGGAUAAUACAUCGUGUGAUUAUCUACCAAAAAAGGUGUCGCGUGCGAAUCGCAUAUCACUGGAAGGAAUUAUGGACGGCAAUGAUAAGUUUGCUUAAAUUUCUUAUUUACCAAGAACAAAAUCUUAUGAAAAGGUGUAACAUUUUCGAACUAGCAUUACAGGUGGUAAACAUUUUCAACCUGUUCAUCACAUACGGGGAUACUUUUCUUGCCACAACUAACAGCUACGAUGAACUUUAUUAUGAAUUAAACCGUGAGGAGAAAGUUUUCUGUGAAUUGCAUGCAAUGGUACUAAGAUAUGCUUCGAUACAAGAUUGUGAUUACAAAGAAGAUUCGAUUCGGCUGUUGAACGCGUUGUCGAACAUAUUGGCAAUCAUCAAACAUUUUCAGAUGAAAAUCAAAGAAUGGCUCGCUAGUCAAAGUCUGUCGACACCCACUGAACAGCAAAUAUUGGAACAAAUUCAGAAAAACUAUGACCUUACGCUUAAACUGCAAGAUAGUCUUGAUCAAUACGAACGAUACAGCGAGCGACCAAAGCACGUGUUAUUUUUUGCCAACCUUAUGAAGGAAGUUAUGGUGGAUACGAGGAAAACGGUUUACUAUUUAGUGAAGGAAAGCAACAAAGGCACAUUUGUUGAAUGUUUGUGCGGCGCUGUGACUGAUGGACCAAGUGCUGCCGAUGGUGCAGAAGUUGGGAUGAUGCAUUCCUCCAGUUGAAAGUGAUGAUUAUUCAUUGUAGUUAAUGCUUAGUUUAGCAACUAUAUGACAGCAAAUAAAGUUACUAUCUGC